UGCAGUUAACGAGGCAGGAACGACUGACAAGAUGGUCCUGCCUUACCAUUUGCGGCAAGUGAGGAUGUCUUUCUCCAAACCUCACCAAAUAUUGUUCUCCAUCUUCCUUUGAUGCACCUUAAUUGAAGCAUUCUUCAACAUUCUUACCCCUGUGAUGGCCGUCUAUCCUACACUCGGGACCGGCCUAUUCGUCGGGUCUGGUCAGGCCCUGGCGGCAGGUGGUCCGCUAUCCUUACUUAUAUCUUAUGGAUUCCUAUCGUUACUCGUUUACUGCCUAGGAACCGCGGUCGCAGAAGUCGCUGCCCAUAUGCCCACCAGAAGUGGCACAAUGGUGAACCACGGCUACCGAUACUCGUCCAGCCAUCUCGCGUUCUCGAUGAAUUACCUCCGUUGGUACUCCCUGGCGAUGCUUGUCCCCUUCGAAAUCACAAACGGAAUCGUCAAUCUUGGCCUAUUCGUCCCGAAUUCCAACGUCGCUAUCCGAGUCACUAUCAUGACGGUUUUUAUCCUGGGCUUCAACAUGCUCCCCGAGAGAAUUUUCAAGAGAUCCGAAGCGUUGUUUACAGGCCUGAAGCUCAUCACGACUGUUGGGUUUUUGGUCAUGUCGAUUGUCUUGGGCAUUCGAGGAGUUCCUGGCACCGAUAUACGAGGGUUCAGUUACUGGAUGGAUCCGGGGUUCAUGAACCAAUACCAGGUCAGCGGGAAUACGGGUCGGUUUUUGGGGUUGGUGCAGUGUUUGCUGUACAGCACUGUUUCGUUCACGCUGGUGCCGGAGUUGCUUGUCCAACGAGCGGAAGAAAACGAUGCGACCGUGCGUCCGAGCAUACUUCGAGUGACUCAAAUUGAUAGCGUCCAGCUUUCGGUGCUGUAUCUUCUUAGUGUGAUAGCUGCUGGGUUGGUAUGUCCGUCUGACCAUCCCAUGUUGACGAACAAGGGCAUGGGUGCUGGAUCGUCACCCUUCUUCGUGGCCGUCUUGAUUUCUCGGAUUCAGAUUCUGCCCAUCGUGGUGACCAUGUUGAUCCUUCUCUCGGCUGUGGCCUCCGGACGCUCGUUUCUCUUCCUGGCGUCACGACUUCUUUACUCGCUGGCGGAGGAGGGCCAUGCGCCCCCGGUGUUUAAACGUCGCAAUCGAUUCGGAGUACCAUACCUUGCCGUGAUCGCAUCCGCGUGGUUUGUGGCUUUUGCGUAUCUAUCUGUGGCGACGUCGAGCUCUGCGGUGUUUAACUGGCUGAUGCAUUUCCUCACGACAUCGGGGUAUAUCUCGUGGUUAGGAUCGUGCAUGAUCUACCUCCACUUUCGGUGCACGGUUGAAGAGCAGGGGUUUACACGGGCGCACCAGACUCGGAUCCAACCGUAUGGGGUGUAUUUUGGGAUUCUGACCUGCAGCGUGUUGCCAUUUGUGAACGGGUUGAUUACGGCACCGUCUGACACUGUCCCCAGCAACUUGCUUUCGGCGUACCUGGGUAUUAUCAGCUUUGUUCUCUUGUACCUUGGGCAUCGGAUCAAUUCGAUUAUGCAUGAACAGGACUAUCAGAUUAGCCCUUUGCGAAGGAUCAAAUUCGCCAUCACGCAUUUAACCACGGAGCCAACUUCGGUCACCGUCCCUCUGCCCUCGCCCGCCCUCAACGGCGCCGGUGCCGACCCCGUCGUCCCGGAAGAGGAGGAGCCGUACACCAUUCGUUGCAUCUGCAACUACGAUGAUGACGAUGGCAACACGGUCUUCUGCGAAAAGUGCGAGACCUGGCAGCAUAUCGAAUGCUACUACCACCGCGUGGGUGUCCCCGACAUCCAUUUCUGCGAAGACUGCGAUCCACGUGGCAUCGAUCGACUCGCCGCCAUAGAGCGGCAGCGGGCUGUUAGGGAACAACAGAGUGACGGUGGCAAUGACCGAAAAUCCAAACGUUCAGGUUCGAAGGGUCAAAGGAAGAGGGCCAGCAAGGAUCCUGCCGACAAGGUGAAUGGCAGCUCCCACCACCGCUCCGACUCGGGUGGUCGCGACCAUCCGGUCAAGAAAACCAAAUCCAAUCAUCGCUCGUCCAACUCAAUCAGCUCCCUGGCCGGUAUCCCCGCCUUCCAACCGGACGGGCGCAGACGAGCCACCGCUUCGAUGAGUCCGACCAAAUUUGGACCCUCCAUUCCGCUAUAUUCCAGGGAGUUUCUACAUCUCUAUGACCAAGACCACGGACAGGCCGACAACAUGUAUAGUAACCUCUUUGUGAACCUGCCUCUUGCCGCAGACCUGGCGUCAUGGGUGACAGAACCCGCGGCCUUGGCUCGCGUGGCCAAUGGACGUUCUGCGCAGGACAUUUUCACGUGGGCGGAUGCGGGUCUCGACAAAUCUCGAUGGCCGACAUUAUCUGUCGAGUCGGUCACCGACCCCAGCGUCGAAGUCGACGGGAUUCGUCCCAUGUGGAAAACUCUCAGAACCCAGGACAUGGUGGCCAAGGAUGAAAUCGUUGGGGAGAUCACAGGCAAGAUUGGGCAUUUACGGGACUACUGUCUCGACCCCAACAACCGAUGGCAGGAGUUACGGCAUCCGGAACCCUUUGUAUUCUUUCACCCUCAACUUCCCCUCUACAUCGAUAGCCGACACGAAGGGAGCACGUUGCGCUAUGUGCGGCGCUCGUGUCGCCCUAAUGUGACAAUGAAGACCUACAUUACCAACGAAGUGGAGUAUCAUUUCUGUUUCGUCGCCAAGGAGGACAUCUCCGCCAACACUGAGAUUACUGCCAUGUGGUAUCUGGAUCCGCAGUUGUUUGAAGCAACCAACGGUCUGGUCAAGCAGGAGUCCAGCGACAGCGCACAGGACAUCGCAGCAAGCUGUAUCAGUAAUGUCCUUGCCAAUUUUGGCGGUUGCGCCUGCGAUCCACCAUCGAAUUGUUUGCUUGCCAAUGUGGAUCGUCGGCGACAUGCCAAGAUUCCCGACGGUGGCGCCAAGUCGACCGCAAACGGCAAGCGCAAGAAGUCCAAGCGCAAACUCACCAUGUCUCCACCACCGCCUAACAGCCGCGCGGACAGCGAAGCAAUGAAGCAUACCGAUGACGACGAUGCCGCUGAUAGUCGAUCCGCGUCUGGCUCGGCUCGAGGGCACGCCGGCAGCCGCGAUCUCACACCUACCCACGACGGUCCGCUCUUUGGAGACUCUGAAUUGUCGGCUCGAGAUAAACGAAAGAUCGCUGCUGCGGAAAAGAAGUUCCAGCAACUAGAACAGGAUCAACAAGCAGCAACCCAUGGUCGGAAGAAAAAGCGGACAAGCGGCCCCUCCACACAGCCCGGACCACUUGGUGGCGCAAGCUCCAUGACUGGCGGCAAAUCAGUGCAGGUGGACACGGCGGUUGGGCGGCACUCCCGCUCGCCGCCAUCAGCGAUCUCCCCUGGGACUAUGGUUGUUGGUGUACGCAAGGUGUCAGGUCCUAGCACUUCUUCAGUUCCGUCGCCACUCCGACGCGCGCCGUAUGUGGAUUCCGCGAUGCAGACCGACCCAGACGAGGCAGACGCGGAGGAUGUGCCCGCUACUUCUCCGCUGCCAUCUCCUCGACGGCCCAGCUUUGUGCCUCUCACGCAGCGGUUGCUCAAGCGGUGCCAUGCGGAUUGGGUACGAUUCGAGCAAUCUAAUGGGGAAAAGCAGACUCCACCGGAGCAUGGCCUCCAGUCACCGGCUUCGUCCUCUGCUGCCACGCCAGGUGAUGGCCAGCCGUCAUUGCAGUCUGCUUCACCAAGCGUCUCCGCAAAUCAAGAAAAGGAGGAUGUGGAGAUGAAGGACCUAGAUUCGCCGACUCCUUACAGGCCACAGUCAUCCGAUGCGAUGGAUGUGGAACCGUCAGAUCCACCAUCACCAGCGCCAGCAGUCUCAUGGUCAGUUAAGCCACAAAUGCCCCCACCAUGGCCAUCUACCGCUGCGCAUAACACUCGAAUACCCCCGGCUCCUCCGGUCAAUGGGCAUCGCGUCGAUUUGCACAUGUCCCUUCCACCUCCCAACCUCACAUCAUCGAUGGCGAGCCCGGGGUCUGGUACACCGUCAACCAUGUCACCCGCAUCGACCAUGGAUGCGGCCUCGCAGCCUACUCCAGGGUCUAGUGUCGCAGCUCCCAGUCCGGUCAAAAAGAAGCUGAGCUUGGGAGAUUAUCUCAUUCAACGACGUGGCACGAUGAACACGCCGACGACUGAGAAAACCCAAAGUCAAGCCAACGCUAUGCUUCCUCCGCCGCAUCAAAAGUCCCCAUCGCAGACUAGUGACAACCAACCUGACGGUGUCCCUAGGCAGUCCAAGCCUGAUGGCGCACCAGAAGCUGCUAAACCGGAUGGACCUGUCUCUUCCGAUAUCACAAUAAAGGAUAUUCCUCCUCCGGACUCGACCACAUCUCAUCUUCCCUCCGUCAUGUUCUAAUUGCUGUUUUGUUUUUAUUUUUUUAUUUAUUUAUUUUUUUUUUUUUAUUGGGAACCAUACCUGGAGUUUUACUAAUAUCACGGUGUGAUGAUGGGAAGGCAAAAUUCUUUUUUCUUUCCUUCUUUUUCUGUCAUUUGAACAUGAUUCCCUUUCUUUAUCCUUAAUGUUACCUUUCUUACACUUUUUGUAAACGAUGGGAACCGGCGUUCUACGAGUUGUUCGUUUCGUGGUGGGGUUUGAACGGCGUCACCGGCGUGAGCGGUUGGAAAAGGACACAGUGGGAUUGAUUUAUGGGAAUUGAUUGAGAUUCAGAGCCCAGGAAAUCGGGCUUGGUGGCUGCAGUCUUUCUCUACUUGAUUUUGCUUGUGAUUGUAGUAUUUUUCUUUUCUCGCUUGUUUUACUUGACUUAUGACUGUCCCGGGUUUAUGGAUUCGGACGGCUUUUUUAUGGCUUAGCCAGAUGGCAAUGAAUGAACUCUACGCUUCUAUGAC